CCCUCGAACCCGAAACGGAUCAUUGUGGCUGUUCCUCCUCUCUUCUCCAAUACUUUUUUUUUUUUAAUUCGAAUUUUUUUUCCGUCGCCAUUUUUGUUGUUCCCAUGAGAGACUGAGAAGAAAACUCAGUAGACAACUGCUUUGAUUCGAGUUCUUUCUCGAGGAAAAGGAGACAAUAUCGACGAACAGGAGAAAUGAGGAUUCCAUGGCUUCUUCUGGUUUCGACUCUCCAGAUUUUGUUAACCCUCUGCGGAGUCGGAGCACAGAGCUCACCUUCGAAAGGAGUAAAGCAUGCCGCUGGAUAUUGCGCCAUGUAUAAUAUCUGUGGAGCACGCGCUGACGGAAAAUUACUAAAUUGCCCCUUCAACACCCCCGCCGUGAAGCCUGAUGAUUUGCUAUCUUCCAAGAUACAAAGCUUGUGCCCGACGAUCACGGGCAACGUUUGCUGUACAGAAACCCAAUUCGAUACACUACGCACACAAGUUCAGCAGGCGAUACCGUUUGUCGUAAGUUGUCCAGCAUGUUUGAGGAACUUUCUGAACGUUUUCUGCGAGCUUACUUGCUCUCCAGAUCAGAGUCUGUUCAUCAAUGUCACUUCUGUUGCUAAGGUCAAGAUUAAUUCCACUGUGGAUGCCAUUGAGUACUAUAUAACUGAUGCCUUUGGGCAAGGGCUGUACCAAUCUUGCAAGGAUGUGAAAUUCGGUAGCUCGAACAGUCGGGCUUUGGAAUUUAUCGGCGCAGGGGCAAAGGACUUUAAGGAGUGGUUUGCCUUUAUGGGGCAGAAAGCUGCUCCUGACGUACCGGGUUCACCUUAUGCAAUCAAUUUUCUACCAACGCCUCUUGAAUCAUCUGGAAUGAGGCCUAUGAAUGUGUCUACUUAUUCGUGUGCUGACAAUUCUCUUGGAUGUUCUUGUGGUGAUUGCCCUUCUGCCCCUGCUUGCUCCAGUACUGUUGCACCUCCUACUCAAAGAAAGCAUUCCUGCAAUUUACGCUUUGUAGGAUCUCUCCAGGCAAAAUGCGUUGAUUUCUCUUUAGCCAUUCUGUAUAUCGUUUUGGUUUCGCUGUUCCUUGGAGGUGGUUUGUUUCACCGUAUAAGGGAGAAGAAGAAGAGCUUCAGAAUGAGACCGUUGUCGACUGCAGAAGCUGGUGGAGGCCAAAGUUCUGUUAAUCCGCAGAAAGCAGAUACUGUCCAUAUGCAGAUGCUGCAAAAUACUCCUCAACGAAACUGGGCUCAGCUGUCAACAGUUCAAGGAUACAUGGCCAACUUCUAUGGGAACUAUGGAGUUUGGGUGGCAAGACACCCAACUCUUGUUUUGUGUUCCUCAGUUUCGGUAGUUCUUCUACUUUGCAUCGGUCUGGUUCGCUUCAAAGUGGAGACGCGGCCUGACAAGUUAUGGGUAGGUCCGGGAAGCAGAGCCUUCGAAGAAAAACAAUUCUUUGACAUCCAUCUAGCUCCUUUCUACAGAAUCGAACAGCUGAUAUUAGCAACAGUUCCAAAUUCUCCUAAUGGCAAGGCGCCACCAAUUUUGACAGAAGAAAAUAUUAAGUUGCUUUUUGACAUACAAAAGAAGGUCGAUGGUCUCCGAGCCAAUUACUCCGGAUCAAUGGUUUCUCUGACGAAUAUUUGCAUGAAACCACUUGGAGAGGAUUGCGCCACACAAAGUAUUCUGCAGUACUUCAAAAUGAAACCAGAAAAUUACGACGAAUUUGGAGGUGUGGAUCAUGUCAAAUAUUGCUUUGAGCAUUACACCUCGACGGAUUCAUGUUUGAGUGCAUUUAAGGGCCCCCUUGAUCCGAGCACUGCAUUGGGAGGUUUCUCAGGCAACAAUUUUGACGAGGCAUCUGCAUUUCUUGUGACUUAUCCUGUUGACAAUGCCGUCGACAACGAAGGUAAUAGAACUGAAAAAGCAGUGGCAUGGGAGAAAGCCUUUAUCCAGUUGGCCAAGGAUGAAUUAUUGCCGAUGGCUAAAUCUAAAAACUUAACAUUUUCUUUCUCUUCGGAAAGCUCCAUUGAGGAAGAACUGAAAAGAGAGAGUACAGCAGAUAUCAUAACUAUAGCAAUUAGCUAUCUUGUGAUGUUUGCCUAUAUCUCCCUUACUCUCGGUGAUCCACCUCGCUUGAAUUCCUUUUACAUAACAUCUAAGGUUCUGCUUGGCCUAUCUGGUGUUCUGCUUGUAAUGCUCUCUGUUCUCGGUUCUGUGGGAUUUUUCAGUGCUAUCGGGGUGAAGUCUACUCUUAUUAUCAUGGAAGUUAUACCCUUCCUUGUUUUGGCUGUUGGUGUCGAUAACAUGUGCAUAUUGGUGCAUGCCGUUAAGAGGCAAGAGCAAGAGUUGCCUUUGGAAAGACGAAUAAGCAAUGCCCUUAUGGCAGUUGGACCAUCGAUUACUCUUGCUAGUUUAGCUGAAAUUUUAGCAUUUGCGGUCGGUGCUUUUAUUAGAAUGCCAGCUGUUCGAGUGUUCUCCAUGUUUGCCGCACUUGCUGUCCUUUUGGACUUUCUCCUACAGGUCACUGCUUUUGUUGCAUUGAUAGUUUUCGACUUCCUUCGGGCGGAGGAUAAGCGUGUUGAUUGUUUCCCCUGCAUUAAGACAUCUCAGUCUUCAGAUGGUGUUGACAAACGGGUUAGUCACAGGAAAGCUGGUCUUUUGACUCGAUAUAUGAAGGAAGUCCAUGCACCCGUUCUGAGCCAUUGGGCCGUAAAAAUAGUGGUUAUUGCCUUCUUUAUCGGCUUAGCAUUGGCUGGAAUCGCGUUGUCCACUCGCAUCGAGCCUGGGUUGGAGCAACAGAUUGUCCUUCCUCAGGACUCAUAUCUUCAGGGGUAUUUCAACAAUGUUUCUGCGUAUCUUAGGAUAGGUCCACCUGUAUACUUUGUUGUGAAGAAUUAUAAUUACAGCUCAGAAUCAGUACAGACUAAUCAACUCUGUUCCAUUAGCCAGUGCGAUUCCAAUUCUCUUUUAAAUGAGAUUUCAAGAGCUUCAUUGACACCAGAAGUAAGCUACAUAGCAAAGCCAGCUGCUUCCUGGAUCGAUGACUUUCUUGUGUGGAUAUCCCCUGAAGCAUUUGGCUGUUGCAGAAAAUUCACAAAUGGGACCUUUUGCCCUCCUGAUGAUCAGCCUCCUUGUUGCUCUCCAGAUCAAACCACUUGUGGUCUGAGUGAAGUAUGCAAAGAUUGCACCACGUGCUUCCGUCAUGCGGAUCUGAGUAAUGAUCGUCCCUCCACAAAGCAAUUCAAGGAGAAACUUCCUUGGUUCCUCAAUGCUCUUCCCUCUGCCGAUUGUGCUAAAGGAGGGCGUGGUGCUUAUUCUGACAGUGUUGAUUUACAAGGUUAUGAAUCAGAAAUAAUCCAAGCCUCAUCAUUCCGCACAUAUCACACGCCCCUCAACAAGCAGUCUGACUACGUCAAUUCCAUGAGAGCUGCUCGAGAUUUUAGUUCAAAAGUUUCCCGUUCUUUGAAGAUGGAGAUCUUUCCAUAUUCAGUAUUUUACAUGUUCUUUGAGCAAUAUCUUGACAUAUGGAAGACGGCAUUGAUCAACCUCUCCAUAGCCAUCGGUGCCGUCUUUGUUGUCUGUUUAGUCAUCACAUGCAGCUUUUGGAGCUCGGCAAUUAUUUUGCUGGUCAUCGCUAUGAUCAUCAUUGAUCUACUGGGGGUAAUGGCGGUCUUGCAUAUACAAUUGAAUGCACUCUCGGUUGUCAACCUUGUCAUGUCGGUUGGCAUAGCUGUCGAGUUCUGUGUUCACAUAACUCACGCAUUCUCGGUAAGCUCGGGGGACAAAAACCAGCGUAUGAAAGAGGCACUCGCUACCAUGGGAGCUUCGGUUUUCAGCGGAAUCACGCUAACAAAGUUAGUUGGAGUGAUUGUGCUCGGUUUCGCAAGAUCAGAGGUCUUUGUGGUUUACUACUUCAAGAUGUAUCUUGCAUUAGUCCUCCUUGGCUUCUUGCACGGCCUUGUCUUUUUACCUGUGUUCUUGAGCAUGUUCGGUCCAGCUCCAAGACAUGUGGAAGUAGAAAGACAAGAUCACCGGCCCUCAGUUUCAUCUUUGCCUUAGAACUUCUUCUUCUAGAUUUGCUUCUUCGUUUUUUUCUUUUCCUUUAUUCUUUUUACUUUUUCCGCUUGUAGUCUGUUGUUUUUAUUUACCAUCAAUAUGUAAAUGCUAAAAGAUAUUUCACCCAAAGGGAAAAAAGUUAGUUGCAUAGGAAAUCUCAUGAAAUGUUUUCGGGGUUU